AUGCAAGCUACACUUCUCGCUCUCUUGCUUCUUAUCGUUCCAUUCUUUGCUUUCGCAGCAUCACCUUACUCUGAUGAUGAGGGUGAGCUUUUGAACAACAACGAGAGAUUUGCUCGGGACUUGGAGCUUCGCAAGAAGUUUGCUUUUGCAUUUGCAAAAAGAAGUGCCGGAGACGCGGAUGUUCUCAUCGAAGCUCGCAGUGGACCACAAUCUUUGGCUCACGAAGGCGCUGGAAUGCGUUUUGCUUUCGCUAAACGACGUGCUCCAAAGGAGUUCGCUCGAUUCGCACGUGCCAGCUUCGCUUAA